CACUGACUCCCAAGUGUGAGUAGCUCCAGCACCCAUGAGUCAUCCUUGGUCGGGGACCCACAAACGCCGGCUGUGUCAUUCCCAUCCUGGUCUCUCUCCCAGCGGCUUCCUCCUGCCUUGUCCGUGCUUCUUGUCUGUCGUCAGCGGCCAGCACCGUGCGCGUUCUAAAGAGAGGGUCCCAAGAGCCGAUGAAGAGGACGCGGGACCCCUGAGGCCUCCUGUCCCGCUGGCCAUGCUCACCUCGACAUUCCCCCUCUCGGUGCCCCAGAUGCUCCGGACCAUCCUCCUGACCGCCUCCCUGAGUGCUCAGAAUGGAAGAGCCGGGGACCUUCCCUGCAGAGCCGGAUGUGCACACCUGGCCCAGAACCCCGGGGACGGUGAGGCGGCUGCAGGCCUGGCCGAGACUCAGCAACACUCACAAUGGGACAACCCCAUCUGCACCGAAGGAGUGGUUUCUGUGUCCAGAGGGGAGCGUGCUGUGAUGGCCUGCAACAUCUCCAACCCCUUCCUCAGCGUGGCCAUCUACCUGAGCUCCCAUGGGAAGAGCUUCGAGCCUGUCUUCAGCAUGCGGCCCCCAGGAUGCUUCUGCCAGGGAGGGUGGCGGCUCCAGGUUCAGGGAAGCAUGGCACAGCUGGUGAUCGAUGAUGUGAACCACACCCAGGCAGGGUGCUACAGGUGGUAUCUGCAAGGUCUGCAGAGAAAUAUCAGAGUCACCACACUGAACGUUUCAGGGGCAGAGUCCCAAGACCUGAAGGUGAGAGGAAGCCCGCUCUUCACACAGGCCCGCAAGGCAGAGUUCCCCUGCCCUCCCCCCGCCGGAAGUGCUCAGGGCCCCAGACGAGAUGCCUCUGAGCUGGAAGAUGGAGGGCCUACGAGGAGGGUGAUAAACAGGCCUGAAACCCAGAACCGACUCCCGGAGUCCUGCCCCACUCUGAGGCCACCAGCACCCGUACUCACCCCCCAGGAGUGGAGCCCGGUGUGUCCCACCUCCAUCUGGUUGACAGAUGCCCAGGAACCACGCAGCGGUGGCAGACAGAAGCAGGCCCCUGUCCCUGCCUGCUGGCACCGGAGACCUGCUCAGCCCUUCAGCCCAAGGAGCGAGCUCUCUGCCCACCCCGGGGGGCGGGGGGGCAGGGGGGAGGACGGAACGCAGGCUGGCAGCCGCUUCUCCUCCAGCCCCCCACCGCCACCCCCACCCCAGGCCAGUGGCUGGCUCCUCCCCACCUCAGCCUUCCGCAGGUGUCUCAGCUCCCCGACUCCCCCCCAGCAGACUCUGUGGUCAAAAAUGGGAAAACCUCAGGGGCGCCUGGAUGGCUCAGUCAGUGACUCCGUGGUUAAGCAUCUACCUUCGGCUCAGGUCAUGAUCCCAGGGUCCUGGGAUUGCGCCCUGCUCAGCGGGGAGUCGGCUUGUCCCUCUCCCUCUGCCUCUCCCCUGGCGUAUGCCCUCUCUCUUCCUCCCUCUCUCUCUCUCAAAUAAAAAAAUAAAAAAUCUUAAAAAAAUAAAGGAGGGGAGAGGGGAUCUCAACUUCCGAAACAUUUGAUCUCAAAGAACCUCUCCCUUCUCUGCCCCAUCAGGACCGGGGGUCUGGGCUUCCAGCCUCAGGUGCAGAAGGCACACACUGCUGUGCCCUUGGAGAUGCCCCAGCGUGGGUCUGAAGCUGAUCUUGGGCACAAUCCUAUCUUUGCACUGGGCAAGAACAAGUUUGGGAAUCCCUCCAGCCAGCAGUCCUGGAGUCAAGCUGCAGCGGAUGGAGGCCUGGGGUGGAGCGCGGCCCGACCCCCACCACGAGCGGGCGCGGUACCAGAGCCCCUCCGGUAGGCAGGCGGACAGGCGGCGCCUGGCAGUCAGGUGUCCACACAACCCCCCCACCCCCGACCUCCCCAGGGCUCCCCUCCCCCACCUGCCCGCCUGCCGGCCCUUCCCGUCCCAAACCUGCU